AUGGAUUCAGGGGAUGGACCCCUUGAUUUGCGUUGCUGGGUCGAUGUACCCUCUGUUUCUCGCAGACGAUUCACGCAUACGUGUGUGUCCUGUGGGUCAGUUGGUAUCCUGCUCAUCUACUCGGCCACGAGCUUGCAUUCGAGUGACUGGGAAGUAUGUGGGAGGCGAUUUUGGGCCGUCUCUAAAAACCAAGCCCCUCGUCCACUUCGGAAUAGCCUGGCAAGCCUCCGGAGUCAACAGCCCCCACGUCAGAGCCUGGCAAGCUGCACGUUGGGUAUCUACACGUCAAAAACAGUAAUAGGAAUGGGCCUCAUUUUCCUGAUCCUGAGGGAGCCCCCAGCGUUGGGUAGGGCCGCUCGGGAGAAGCUCCUCAAAUCUCAGGGCCAAAAAAGACUGCCCAAAAGAAGAAUGACUAAGAUGACGAUAUGUACUUUUAACGCACUGACGCUUGCAUCGGAAGCGUGUAUAGAAGAUCUGGUGAUGCAAGCUAGUAAGAUCAAGUACGAUGUCAUCGGACUGACCGAGACGAGAAGGCAUCGCCUGCUGCACGAUGUAUUUGAGACUGGAGAGGAACUGUUCCUCGGAACAUGCGACAGCAUAGGCGUCGGCGGCGUAAGUGUUCUCGCCAAUGCGCACUUGGCCAUGAACAUCGAUUCAUAA